CCGCGCGAGAGCGAGGCAGCUGGUAGAGUUCUCGCGGCGAGUGUUUCCGCUCACCUAAAACAAGGAGCUGCCGAGCCGAGGAGGACGAGGAACAACGCAACAGUACGGAACUAGACGACAAAAAACACUCAAUAUUUUUUUAAUACAGUUUUGCCACCUCCUGGUCUUUGGGCGUGUCCAUUUUUUAUAGCCGUUAAUGCGUCGAAUGUGAAGCAGCGAGAGGAGGGCUCGCCGCAUUUAACCUUUACGUUGGUUAAGCCGUAGAGGACUCUCGCUGGUUGCCGGAGGGAAAAGAUGUGCAAUGGAAUGGUAGCGUUUCAGACGAGAGCCCCGUCCUCUUCCUCAAUCUCCUCCUCCUCCCCGGCCCACAGGCUGGCUGCCUCCGCGCUAUUCCUCCUCUUCACCCUGAUCCCCAAUGGUCACGCAUCAGGCUGUGCGCGGCCCCCUGGCGUCCAGCACGGAGACUUGCUGAACCAGACCGAGGCUAACCGUGGCUCCUUUCCCCCGGGCACCCUGCUGACUUAUGGCUGCGAGUCUGGCUACACCGCAGAUGGAACCACCAGCAUCAUUUGUACCAGCUCCGGGGCCUGGUCCCAUCAACCCCCACGCUGCAUCAGGAUCAGCGUGUGUUCACCCCCCACUGAGCCGGAGAACGGCGGCUACCGCUGUCACCCGUCUCCCUGCCCCAGCCUCACCCAGAAGACCGUCAUCGAGUACUUCUGCGACGAGGGUUACGCUCUGAAGGGAGACUACAAGUUCCUCACCUGCCAGAAUGGCGAGUGGGACGGCCCCAUGCAGAUCAGCUGCCGACUCACGCAAGACAAGGAGCCGAGCUCUCCGCUGGGUAUACCCGCUCUGUCCAUCGUGGCGUCCACAGCCAGUUCUGUGGCCCUCAUCCUGCUGUUGGUGGUGCUGUUUGUUCUUGUGCAGCCAAAGCUCAAGUCAUUCCAUCACAACAGGAGGGAGCAGGGGGUCUCGGGCCAGUCCAGCUCCAUCAUGGUGGAGGGCGUCCAGGUGGCGCUGCCCUCUUACGAAGAAGCCGUGUACGGAAGCGGCGGACCCGGUGACGAUUCGGGUGUUCCUCCUUCUCCUUCUCCUCCUCCUCCUCCAGCUCCCCCGGAGACCCGCGUACCGAUCGUGCUCUCUGAGGGUCUCCCUCAGGGCGCCUCGGGGGGCCAAAGCGCCAGCAGAGCCCGCCUCAGCAGAGACUUGGACUUCUGUCUCCCGUCCACGUCCUCCUUGACGUCCUUCUCCUCCCGCCGUCACGCAGAGACGGUGCUAGAUCAUCAGGCCCCCUGUUCUUCCUCCUCCUCAUCAUCAUCGUGGGCUCGAGAGCACCCCGGGGGUGCAUGCGCAGGCCCCCUUCCUCUCCGUAGAGACUCCGGGAGCAGCGACCAGCACAGUGUGCUUUCCAUCACCUCUACAGAUGACUUUUCUGAUGAUAUUCCCCUGCUGAAGGAAGCAUGAAGCGUCCCAGCCUGCAAUCGACAUCCGACGGCGGAGGCCUAUUUUCUCCAUCUCCCAAACGCUGACCAGGACUGACUGAUGCUGUCCACAAUCUGACCCCCCCUCCCCAUUCCCACUCAGCCGCCAGCAGAGAAAAGACUUGAACUAUUCCCUUCAUCACCCAUGCAACCUCUCCUACCAUUACUGCCCGCGCAGAGCAAAGCCAACAACCGACACCAGCGGAUGAAAAGACUGAGACGAUCUGGACAAACAUAAGUGGUGCCAGCUCAACAUAAACCCUGUAGAUCCGAUGUAUAUGUGCAACGUGCAUACCGAGUCACAGAUGUGUACUUUAGGCCAUGUCAGCGGCCUACCGUGGCCUCCUCCCAGGUGCAGGUCUCUAGGAAAACAUUGCUCGAGGAGGCUUCAUCGGAGGAGGCCACAGCGACCGAGACAGGUCAAACAACAGAAGCUAAAAACGAAUAAUGAACAACCCGCUCCCGACGCCGCGGCGCUCAGAAUCGUCUUCCCGCUGUACUUGAAAACUUGUGAGUGACGGCUGGGUGCUUGGUGAAUGCUGCAUGUUUUUUUUUUUUGUUAUUGCUGCACGGUGGCACUCUAAGAAGCAUGAAGCCUCCUCUGCCCCCGUCCCCCCCUCUCUCUUUCUCUCCCUCUCGCUCUCUCUGUCUCUCUGUCGUUCUCUCUGCGUUUCUCUCUCCAGCUUUCGGAGCAUCAGGGCGGCGUCCCGCAUUUGGAUCGGUGGGAUUGAGAAGCACUUCCCGGGAGCUAAAAGCAGGGUACAGCGAUUUACCAAGUACCAUAUCGCAACGGAGAGGAGACCCCCUCCACCCCUUUCUGUUGCCGGCGGUCUGGAAGGGGCUCCUCCUGUUGCGUGAGUGGGGUUGAUUGGUGCUUUGGUUCCCGGGCCGCGCUGUGCAUCUUACUUGAACGAGGAGGAGGAGACGUCAUUUCACAUUGGGUCUGAAAGCCGAGGAGACGCUCCUCUUUCAAUGUGCCGAGUGGGCUUUACUCUAGGGUUGUGCGUGUCGAGUGUUCUUCCCUGUAUUUAUUGGUGUGUUGCUGGGUUUGCUUUGAGUUGCUGUGUGUGCGUGUGCGUGCGUGCGUGCGUCAUUGUGGUUCAGCCAGGCAGGAGAGGACAUGUCCUCAUAUUGGAGGCCUCGAUAGAGCCGCUUCCUGAAUUUGCCGCUCUUCAGAGCAGACACUUCACAAUUUCCCCUGUCUUUCACCAAAGGAAAAUGUCCCUCCCUGCAAUGACCAGCGUCACUUCAGGCAACAACUCGUCUACACAAUGUGUGUAUUAUUCAUCUGCUCUCAAGCUAGAAUAUUUACCAUUUUCUGCUGAACGGCUGGAAAAAGCAAAGUCCCUUUAGAAGAACCGGCUCCCGUCCACCUCCCCACCGGACAGAAGACUCUACACUUUAGUGCGUUAUGGGCACAACUGCAACUGGUUGCAGUGAAAGGCUUUGGUGUUGUUUCAUAGCGCUGCAGCCCCUUCCCCCCUCCCCCCACCCGCCACGUACACUCGCUCACCCUCCUCACGCCAAGUGCAAAUUUGAGAGAGAAUCGUGACAUGUUGUCUCUGUUUUUCAUCUCCAGUUGAGAAGCUUUGGUAGUUGAGCUGGUAACCCUGGAAAAGGCAUGGCUCCGAAGUCCUGUAUCCGAGAACUUCAGCAAAAACCCAACCCAGAACAACGUUCACCUUUUAUUCUGAUUUGAUUUGGCAAUUGUGGUUGUCUGUCAUUGUCUGCUCCGUUAUUAAUGCAAACAGAAUGUUGCCUUAGAGUUGUACAUUUUCUUUUUUUUUGUAUAAACUUAAGCCUCCUUGUUGGUUGCUUUACGAUAUUGCAACAGAUUCUGUUUUCCCAAUGGCCUUAAUCUGUUCUUUUCUAUUCUAUGCAUACAACUGUCUUUGUGUAUUUAUCAGUUUACUUUAGUUGUGGACACGACUAAACGAAUGUCCAUUCUUCUCUGUCCUCCCUUAGCUUUUACAGCUACUGUGAUGGUGAUGAUGAACCUAUAAGCACCUAUAUUUCAAUAUUCUGUUGCUACUACUUUGCUUCAAGGCAUCACAAUAUUAUGGGAUUGAAAAGAAAAGAAACUUAAUUAACUUUGCAUUCAGAAGCACUGUUGUACGGUGUUGCGUCCCUGAAAAUUACAGGUAAAAAAGUACACAUCUUGAUUCUUGGUUUCAAAUGCUUUCAGCAUUACGUUUUUUUCUCUCUGUACAUGGCAGUGGGUGUGAAGAUAGUAAUUUAAUAUUUGUAUAAAGUUUAAUUUAAUUUUACAGUGUGUGUACAUAACUUUCUAAUUAAAGCUUUCUUUUGAAUGUGGAA